AUGAAACAUUUUUUAUUGAAUAUGUUUACUUAUGAACAUUCUCAAAGAGCUUAUACUCAUGAAGAUACUGAAAAGAUAUAUGCUCAGUGAGUUUAUUUAUGACUAUAUGCUCAUCUGAGCACAUUCAUGAGUGCAAUCAGUUAAAGUCAAAAAAUUCAAAAAUUAAUCAAGUUAAAUUUGAGUUUUUUAUAAGGACAAUUUUAUGAAUAAUUUUGGAAGAGUUAGAAAUUAUUAUUAACAU